AUGGCACCAGUGACAACGUCAAGGACAGAUGUGUUGGGCUACGGAUAUGCUGUGCUGCUCGGUCUCGGAGGGCUGAUUGGACUUUUACGACGCGGGUCCGUCAUGUCCCUCUUGGGAGGUGGGAUGGGAGCUUUGGGAGCAGCAUACGGGGCAUCGAGAACGAGCCAGAAUGCCGAUGAUGUGGUCCCGGCGCUAGGUGUCGCGUGGGCAAUGUUCGCCCUCAUGGGGAUGAGAUUCAUGAGGUCCAGAAAGUUCAUGCCAGCAGGUUUGGGCUUUGAUCAGAGGGCUGAUAUGAGACCUGUUCUCAUCGCUGUUGUGUUUUGCUCGGCUCACCAUCCUGCCAACUCUUCUUGUAUUGCCUGUCCGCAACCCCUCCCAUCAGUCACCCUCGUUUCCCUCAUGGUAGCAACCGUGUACACCACUCGUCUGUCUCGACGAAAGCAUAUCUGA